AUGGCAGGCUCGACUUUACUUGCUAUUCUAAAACUGCUGGUUAUUUUCAUAUGCGCAGGUUGGAUUUCUGUUUGGCUUCUGAAGCCAACACAAAUUUGGACCAGAAAAUGGAAACAUGCAGAAGAAAGCGCCAGUGAUACAAUUUUUGGAUACUAUGGUCUUAACUUUGCUGUGUAUACAUUUCCCAUAAUUGCUAUUGCUAUAAUUGGACUUCUUUUCUUGGAUUUGAAAGCUGGAUAUCAAAGAAGCAGAAGUGUAGGGAGCUCAUCAAUUAUCCUAUCAAAUCCACUGGUGGUGAACAGUCUACUGGGAAUCUUAUCCAGUAUUGAAAUACUGGUAGCUUUCCUUUUUCUGGUCUUCUUAGCAUGGACUUACUACUCUCGUAUUUCUAAUGACUUCAAAAAGUUGAUGCCAGACAAAUCACUGAAGUUGAACAUAUGGCAACUCAAGUAUCUCAGAACAGCAACUCGGUUUGGCUUGCUAGCAGAAGCCUGCCUCGCUUUGCUUCUUCUUCCUAUUUUAAGGGGGUUGGCUGUAUUUCGCAUACUUGGCAUUCAAUUUGAAGCUUCAGUUAGAUAUCACACCUGGGUUGGAACUGCAAUGAUAUUUUUUGCUACAAUACAUGGCGCUAGCACUUUGUUUGUCUGGGGGGUCAGCCACCAUAUACAGCAUGAGAUUUGGAUGUGGCAAAAGACAGGACGCAUAUACCUUGCUGGGGAGAUUGCACUUGUUAUCGGGCUAGUUAUCUGGGUGACUUCACUUCCCCAAAUUAGGAGGAGAAAGUUUGAAAUCUUCUACUACACACAUCAUUUGUAUACAGUCUUUCUAGUAUUUUUCUUGUUUCAUGCUGGGGAUAGGCACUUCUAUACAGUCUUCCCAGGAGUAUUCCUCUUUAGCCUUGACAAACUGCUCCGUAUCAUACAAUCAACCCCAAAAACUUGCAUGGUUUCGGCUAGAAUUUUCCCCUCCAAAGCUGUGGAGCUAGUUCUGCCCAAGGAUCCAAGGUUGAAAUAUAUCCCCACAAGUGUUAUAUUUUUGAAGAUACCAGCCAUAUCACAUCUUCAAUGGCAUUCUUUCAGCAUAAUAUCCAGUUCCAGGGCUGAUGACCAUAUUAUGUCUGUGAUAAUUAAAUGUGAAGGGGGGUGGACAAAUUCUCUUUAUGACCUGAUACAUGCUGAACUAGACAAAGGUGCUGAUAAGAGGAAGGGUAUACCUGUUGCAAUCGAAGGACCUUAUGGACCUGCUUCAAUAGACUUUUUAAAAUAUGACAGUCUACUUCUUGUUGCUGGAGGAAGCGGAAUAACCCCAUUUCUGAGCAUUUUGGCAGAAGUUGAUUCAGCUACAAGCAAAAGUAGAUUUCCCUCGAGAAUACAACUUGUAUAUGUCAUUAAGAAGGCACAAGACUUUUGUCUGUUACAUUCAAUCUCACACCUAUUACUCAACCAUUCAACUAGAAAAUUUCAUUUGAAUCUACAAUUGUUUGUAACCCAAGAAACACAGUCAGGGGUGGGAAUUAGGGAGCUACUAAACGAGUUCUUCAGUGUAAGAACGGUGCAUUUGAACAUGGAGUGUUCAAAUUAUGUGGCAUACGGGCCUGAAAGUCCAACUUGGAUGGCUGCCAUUGCGGGAUUUUGCUCCAUCAUUUUCCUUAUUUUUCUUAUCUUUUUCAACCAUAUUAUAAUCCCAUCAGGAAAGCGCUCCAAAUUGUCCAAAGACUCCACUCCUACUUGGGUUGUGGAUCUACUUUUGAUAGCUGCUUUUGUCCUAGCUUUAACUUGCAGCACCUUGAUGGCAAUAAUUUUGAGAUGGAGAAGGCUGAAGAAAGGGAUUCCACCUAUAUCCCAGAAAGAAAUUAAACCCCUUGAUCUAAGUUCAGCCGAAACUAGGAAUGCCCUUGAAGAACAUGAAGUCCAUUAUGGGGGAAGGCCUAACUUUAAAGAUAUAUUUGGCAAGUUCCGGAACGAAACCUGUGGAUCUCAUAUUGGGGUUUUGGUUUGUGGACCUGAAAGCAUGAAGGAAUCGGUGGCGUCCGCAUGCCAGCAGGAAUUCAACUUAGGUGCUAAGAGAAAACAACCCUGCUUCACUUUCCACUCUCUAAACUUCACGCUUUAGCAGAGUUAGUCAUAUUGGAGUUUUUAGUACACUUAUGCCUUUCCAUUCCUAAGUUACUUCAGAUUCACAUGGUUUGUGUGGUCUAUCAAGCCAUUGAUUUCAGUAAGCUUUCUGAGUACACCUACGAGUAUAUAUCAUUAGAUGUUUCAAUGUAAUAAUUAAAACAACCUU